AUGACACAAAAUGAAAGUGUAUGCUUCACAAGUACGACCAUGUCAGGUGUGCGGGAGUUCAGACCGCAAGUGGACAGUUGGUGCGACUGGGUGGAGAUCCUAGACUCCCAUUUUGUUGAAAUGGCUUGUCAGGACGACAAGAUCAAGCGGUCGAUCCUGUUAAAAAACAUUGGAAUGGAGGCUUAUGGACUGCUGCGGGACAUCUGUGAUCCGGAUCUGCCUGCAACCCAAACGUAUGAUAAAUUGUGUACGCUUUUGAGAAGUCACUUUUCAAAGCCGAUUAUUAUUUUUCGCGAGCGAAAAAUAUUUUUUGAUGCUGUUCGUGAAAAAGGGCAAACAAUUAUGGAGUGGUUUGCACUUUUAAAAAAAUUAGCAAGAAAUUGUAAAUUUGGGGCACAAUUAAAUUCGUUUGUUCUAAAUAAAUUCGUUACUGCUUUAGACGGUAGAACAUUCGAAAGAUUGUGUGAAGAAGAUGAGACCUUGACAAUUGAACGGGCAUUAAAAAUUGCAAUAAUUACGGAAGCAAAAAAUGAAGCUUUCAAACAGCAACAAACCCAUGAUGUAGAGGUUAAUGCCCUUUUUUAA